AUGGUUGAUAAAAAUGAAAUAUUAUUUUGGAAAGUAUUUAGAAAUAAAUAUCUUCAGAAAUUUAUUUUAGAUAGAUUAAUCACUGGUAAACAUACACUAAGGUAUAAUGAUGUUUUCAAUAUUAAAUUAAUGAUAGAUGAUGGUCAAGUUGAAUUAUUAAAAGAUAAAGUAAAGAGCAAUCAAUAUUUAAUAGGUUUUGAUGAAACAUUAUUUUCAUUUAUUAAAGAUGAUAAAGAAUUUUAUUCAAAAUUUUUUAAAAAUUAUCCAGAAUUAUAUUCACAACCAAAUCAACUUGAAUCAAAAAUAAAUAAAAUAUUAAUUUUUGAUUGUAUUGGUGCAUUAAAAUUAUUAAUUGAAGAAUAUAAUUAUAAACCAACACCAUCAUUGAUUUUAAAAUCAUUAAAUUUAUUAAGUUAUAAAUCAUUUAAAUAUAUGAUGAAUCAUUUAAAUGAAAAUACUAAUAAUAAUAAUAAUAAUAAUAAUAAUAAUAAUAAUAAUAAUAAUAAUAAUAAUAAUAAUAAUAAUAAUAAUAAUAAUAAUAAUAAUAAUAAUAAUAAUAAUAAUAAUCAAUCACAACAACAACAACAAAAAGAAGAAAUAAUAAUACCUUUUAAAGUUGAAGAAUUUUGGGAAAUAAAAUUCAAAUUACCCCAAAGUUUUUAUAAAUUCACCAUUUUUAUGAUUGAUAAAUUUAAAGUAAAACCAUGUUAUGUCAUUACCAACAGUAUAAAAAAACAAUACUUUGGAAUAUGUCCGUUGGGAAGUUCAAGAAUGUUGGUAAAGGAUUUAAAGAACGCAUGUAUAUUAAUUAUUCAAUUAGGUUUUACAAAAUCACCACCAAAUAUAAUUUUUGAAAAACAAAAUGAAAUUAAAGAAACAUCAAUUAAAAUAUUAGCAAAAUUUGAAAGGAAUCAAUUAUUAUUCGAUUUUAUUUUAUACAAUCAAAUUAAUAAUAAAUCACAAAAAGAAGUAAAAGAAUGUAAUGAAAAUGAAAAAAUUAAUUUUAUAAUAAAAUUAUUAGAUUUCUAUUAUGAAUAUAGUAGUUUAGAAGGUAUAAGUGCAUUUUAUGGUUUACUAUUAUUAAAAGAUAAUAAAAUCCAACAAGAAGAUUUUAAUAGACUAUUAUUUAUAAAUGAAAAAACAGAUUUAAUAUUUUCAUUAAGAUUUGGUAAUUUUGAUUUAUUUAAAAUUACAUAUUCAACCUUUGAAAAAUAUAGAGAGGAAAUUACUCAAAAUUGGAGAUUUUUAAUUUUAUUUCAAUUUGAAAAGAAUAAGGCCAACCAGAUUUCAUUCAUUGAUAAAGUUUGUAAUUUUUUAAUUUAUUCAAAAAAUGAAAAAUUCAUUGAUUUUGGUUUCAAUAAUUUUUUAUUUGGUCAAGUUUUAUUAUUUGAUGAUUUAGAAUUGGUACAAUUAGUUUAUAAUAGAUUUGGUAAACCAAGGUUUAAAGCUGAAGUGAAUUAUGAAACCUAUGAACCAUGGAGUAUUUUUUAUUAUAUUAAAUCAAACAAAGUUUUAGAAUUUAUUGUUAAUCAUUGUUUAAAAGAAAAAACUAAAACAUUACCAAUAAUGGAUUUUAUUAUUAAUGAUAGAUUGGAUUUAAUUGAAACCUAUAAACCAUUAUUACCAGUGAAAUCAAUACCAUUAAAAUUUCAAUCAAUAUUACCACAAUAUUAUUUAGCUCCAGAUUUAGUGAAAUCUCUACUAAGAGGUAUCAUAUCGUUCGUUGAAUCACCAAUUUCAAAUGAAUGUGGUUUUGGUAAUAAUAAAGGUAUUGUAUUUUGUGAAGCUUAUUUUAAUAAUCUAUUAAAUGUAAGUUCUACAUUUUCAAAAUUUACAAAAUUUAAAGAUUGUUUUGGUUCAGAUGUUAAAGAAAUUGUAAUUCCAAUAUCACAAAAAUCUAUAUUUAAUAAAGGUUACUUUAGAAUUAUAUUUUCGAGAUGGUUAUUUUAUAAUAAACCAAGAUAUUAUUUAAGUGAUCAAGCAUUAAAUGGUACAGGUAUUUUUAGAGGUGAUAUUGAUAUAUUUAAAGAAGCAUUCAACACUAUCGAACCCAACAAUUUCAUUAAUAAUUUCAUGAAUGUUUAUUUACCAAUAGAUUUAAAAAAUGGUGAUGAUUCAUCAACAACAAGUAAUAUCACAAUUAACCCACUCGCUAUUAAAGAAAUCUCAAUAUCAUUUAUAGAUUGGUUCAACAAAGUAUUGAUUAACCAAGCUGAAAAUGGUGAUAUUAGGAUAUUUAAAUGGUUGCUUGAAAAUCAAUACAAACAGAUUUUUGUUUCAACAAAUUCUAUUUUUAGUCAACAACAAAUUUUAAAUAUAUUAUUUGGUGCAUUAAAUAAUGGUCAAAUAGUAUUAUCCAAAUAUUUAAUAAAUGAAUGUAAUAUUCCAAUCACCUCUGACCAAUUUGAAUCAAAUGUAAAGUGUAUAUCAAUUACCUAUCACUCUUUAAUUAAUAAUAAAAAUAAUUAA